AAAGCGAUAACCUACAUGUUUGGAGCUGAGGCUUUACAGUACACCAUGGUAUUAUUCGUGUAUGGACAUGAAUGGGAAAAUCCAACAGAUGCCCUAAAGAACCGCUGUGUGAAGAUGUGUGGAGCACGAUAUUACAUUUUGGAGAACAGCGAUGAGAAUGUCCAGGAGCUUUUCAGAAGAGUUGAGGGAAUGACACGGAGGGAAAAAAGCAGAUUUUUUAUUCAGCACUCAUACGAACACCUCAUGAAGAUGUAUUUUGAACCUUGGGAAAGGGCUCGGGAGAACAAGGAAAACGUAUUAAAAAGAGAACUGGAAGAACUGAAGACAGAACUGGAAGCAUCCAGACGUCGUGAGUGUGCGUUACAGGAGGAUCUGGAUGCAGCUUGGUGUAGUGAGAAACAAUUAAGGAAGGAGAUGGCCGUGCUCAAAGGCAGUGAGGCAGGACAAUGGGAAUGUCUACGGCACAAGAGCAUAGAGUUUACACCACCAGUCAUGACAGAAAAUCAGAUCAUCACGCCUCUAGAUGACCUUUAGAUGACGUGGAAAGAAAGAAAUUUGGUGAGUAUGAGUAUUUUCACAUAAACCAGAGCUAUGAAAUUAAAGAUAACAACAACAACAAUAAUGCGGGUCAGCUGUAAUUUAAUAUUUCAACUAACGUUAGCAAAAAUCACAUUAUUCCUUAGUUGUAAAUGCAGAUUAAAUUAACGUUUGAAGCAGAAACAGCAAAUUAAAUGCACCUUAAAAAAAAAGACAAUUAGACAAUUGAUUUAAACAGGUAUUUCCUACUGUAGUUGAUUCCGAAGUCUGCGAACUAGA